AUGGCGGAUAACGGCCGUCAUGGUGUUGCCGUCGCCGUCACCGUCACCGUCACCGUCACCGUCACCGUCACCGGCACGCAAAGGGACGACUCAUGGUCGGAUUGCGCGAUAUGCAGCGGUGCAAAGCCGAAUGCCUGUUGCUGGCCCGCGGGCCCUUCACCUGUCACCCGCCACAGCCGUCAGGCAGGAAGAAUGACAGCAUCAGCCAGCCCUGCCAUGUUCGUGGUGCUCGACAGCCUGCUGAGGCUCAAGGAGGAGGCAUGGGUUACAGAGUGGGUCGCAAAGUGCGUGAACCAAUCUCCACGAACACGGUUACGACAGUGGCGAGGAUGGUCGGAUUCAAUCACACAGGCAUGCCGUGCAUCCGGUUACCGCUGGCUGCAUGGGAAAGCAUUAGAAGAGUUUGAGUACGACGUCCUCGAAAUUGAGAUGGAUCGGCAAAAGUGCCAGGUGUAG